ACGGAGGCGCGAGUCACCGCUCGCCCGCCCGCCGGCCGGGUUCGAAGGAAGCUCGGUGGCUCCGGUUGCUGUCAUGUUCUGUGAGAAAGCGACCGAGCUCGUCCGAGAGCUCUGCCGCGCGAGCGAUGGGCAGCUUCCUGCCUUCAACGAAGAUGGAAUCAGACAAGUACUUGAAGAGAUGAAAGCAUUGUAUGAACAGAACCAAAUUGAUGUAAAUGAAGCCAAAUCAGGUCACAGUGAGUUGAUUACAACAAUCAAAUUUCGCCAUUGUUCUCUGCUGAGAAACCGAAGAUGUAUUGUUGCAUACUUGUAUGACCGCUUACUUCGCCUCCGGGCACUUAGAUGGGAAUAUGGUAGUGUCUUGCCAAAUGCUGUCCGAUUUCAUAUGUCAGCGGAUGAAGUGCUUUGGUUUAACCAAUAUAAAAAGUCUUUGGCUACCUACAUGAGAUCAUUAGGAGGAGGAGAUGGCCUUGAUCUUACACAAGACAUUAAACCCCCAAAAAACUUAUACAUUGAAGUUCGGUGUUUGAAGGACUAUGGAGAAUUUGAGAUUGAUGAUGGUACAACAAUUCUGUUGAAGAAGAAUAGCCAGCAUUUCUUACCACGCUGGAAAUGUGAACAGUUAAUCAGGCAAGGAGUUCUGGAGCACAUCCUAUCAUAAACUGUGUCUACAAGACUGUUGAAAUACACAUAAACUAAAUAAUAUUUUUGCAGAUUUCAAAAUAGGGCCAAAUAGCAUAUUUUCUCUGUUGAUAAUCUUCUUUGUGAAAAACACAAAAUAAGUUUAAAGUUAUUAUUAGAAGCACACAAAUAAUAAUUUGUGAAGAGGAAAAAAUAAGAUACGUACAAUCAUUUUAGAAGACCGUUCUCCAAAAACAAGUAGAUUGUCUUCAUUCAUUGUCUCAAUUGUUACCUUUAUAUUUGGAUAUCUUUUUGAAUUAAAGUUACUUUGUUUGGUCCUCUCUGGACUUUUUGUAUUAAAAAAAUAUAUCAAUGGACCAAAUGCCGUAACACUCAUUCACUAGUACUUUUAUUGCUUUGUGCUAUUUGAAAUCAUGUAAUAAUCCUUUGUAAGUAUUUAAUAUUUUUUUACAUAAUAUUAUAUUACAUGUAGAUCUAAGUUUUAUGACUACAAUCACUUUGUGAUGUUUUCAGUUACCAUGAUAGCCUUAAGUGGAUUUCUGGUAGAAUCCACCCAAACUACAAAGUUGUAAUAAAAAUUUCCCGAAUAAGUUUUUUAACUGAUCAAGAGGAUUUGUAUCUUCUCUUGGUAAUUUUAGUGACAUUGGAACUAUGCAAUUUGAACAGCUUAUUUGGCUUUAGAUGGAGGAAGAAAUAUAUGUAUCAUUAGUGUAUUUUCACUAAUAUAGUGAAAUAAACUUAAAACUCAUAUGAACGCAUUCAAUAAUUUCAAACACAAAUUAAAUAGCAUAGGAGGACAAAAAGAAACACACUAAGGCAUCUUUAUUUUAAAGGGGGAUGCACACAUUUUAAAAAAUAAAUAAUUAAAAUGUUUUAUCUUUUGAAGGUACUGUAAAACAAUGUCUUCAAUUCCCAUUCCAGCCAAGCAGUCCAGAAAAUAGUAAAGGUGGCGUUCUUGGAGAACAAACUUGGAUGUAGAGUUCCCAAAGUAUAUUAUCCUUUAAGGCAACCAAAGUGAGCUCUGCCCUCCUUACUAUGCCUAAUGCUAGACUGAAACAGGCAAAUUAAUUUAAUUAUCAAAAUAAAUUUAGGUAUGCAUCUCAGCUGAUAGUAUACUCCCUUCUUUGAUAAAUACAUAAAAUAUAAAUUGGGCUGAUUUUCUCUUCAAGUCAUUUGCAAGUGCACUUUGAGAUAUGACACAAACGCUACAUCCCCCAGGUUAAAUUGAAUGUCUCCAUUUUAGUCAAGGAGCUGGGAAGAACAGCAGUUUAUGUGUAGAAUGUUUUUUUUUUUUUAAGUGUUGGGGAACAGAUGACCUCUCUAUGUCUUUUUGUGGUUCCUGGGCUGCAUUCAUCUCACCUUCUGUCAACAGCUUUCCCCUACCAGGGCAGCCCCUUUCAUGAACCUCUGCAAGAGAUUGCUGUGAGUGGAGAAAUGGCAGCCUGUAUCAUUAGGCUCCUGUAAUGCAUCAUCCCUAUUUGUAUCAGCCUUUCCCGGGAGACGUUACACUUCAUGUGGGUGUUUGAGUUACCAGGCCUCUUGGGCUGAAAGUAUUAUGGCCUUUGAGUUUGCAGUUGGAAAGUAUUUCAUGCAGCUAUAUUAGAAUUAACUAUUAUAUAUCUAUUAUAUGUAUUAGUAUUAGGCCAUUCCAAGGUAGGGCGGUGUGCAAUUUAGUGGUGGUCUCAUCUUCUGACUUGGCAUCCCCAGCCUGAGGACCUGGUGGCCAGAUUGUUGGUGCACCUGGUCCUAAGGUGCUAUCGGUAAAUGCAAGGUCUGUAUCCAAUAAGAUUGCAUCCACUUAUGAUUUGAUGGUGGACAAGCAGGUGGAUCUGGCAUGUAUUACUGAGACUUGGCUGGCAAAGACAGCAAUGUUGCUUUCCUUGAAAUCUACCGAUCCAGGUUUUGGGUCCUAUAUCAACCUCAAGGCUGCGGAUGGGAAUCAGCUACAGCCCUUUUCUUCCAGUCCCUGAGCAAUGAAAAUACAGCAGUUUUAUCCUUUAGAUGGAAAAGGGAAGCCUCGUAGUUUGUUCUCAGUGAAAUCAUGUUUUUGCUGCUAAUAUUAGCUGGAAUGUAGCAAAUUCCUUUUAAAGAUGUGAAGAGUGCACUGAGGGCACAACAUACCUGCUGUGGCCGUUAAAACCAAAGGAUGAAUAUCUUGUUUUCUGCCAUCCCAGCAAAAGGAACAUAUGCCUGCUUAGCAAAGCCAUUUAUACAAUUAAAAUCCAAGUGGGGGCAAACUGUAUAGAUAUUUAAUGAAAAUGUCUCCGAUAUUAUCCAAAGCAAAAAAAAAAAAAAAGGAGGCUCCAUUGGGUUCUUGUUUGCAGCAGUUCUGUUUAAGUAAUAUAGCACAUAAUUCAAGGAGUAAAUAUUUUACACUUGCAGAAAACUCUAUGUAUGUAUGUAUGUGUACACACACGCACACACAUACAUAUAUACACACACAUACAAUAGUAGCCAGUGUGUAGACAACCAGGGAGAUAAGAAAUUGGAAAUCACAAUAAAUAUUGUCCAGUCCCCAAAUGGUACAGUGUAAAAGAUCAUGUUUCUGUGAAAAUUAUCCAGAAAGCACUGUUAAUGUUUUCCAUUGGAAAAACUGCACUGUUUAUUGCUGUAGACCAUAUCUUUCUCCCUCUUCAGAAUUUCCCAAGAAUGUAUUUCCCUACUAGCUCUCCUAUUUUUUUAAAUAGCAUUUGUAUUUUCCCCACUCUGAAAUGGUGGAUAUCCCAUAUAUAGUGCUGUCCAUGAGAAAUUAAUAGAGUUUAUUUGUACUGGGUCUGAAAUAUGUAGAACAAAGUUGGCCAAUUAAUGUCUUUACUACUGAUUGUCAUUUAAAACAGCUUAACUGGAAACGAAUUCAUUUACCGUAUUUUUCCGACUAUAAGACGCCCCCAUGUACAAG